UUUGUAGUAGUAUUAUGGAGAUCUUCAGGACUCUAGGGCGGGGUUCUAAAACUCAUUUUACUGGUCAGCAUGAGGUCUUGCUGAGUGGGAUUGUUUGUGUAACUCUUAACCAGAAAGCGCCUCAGCCGAAGUUUGUUGAGAUUACACACAAUUCAACAGAAAAAAAGACAGCCCUGUAUAUCCACAAGACAAGAAUGAAGAAGAGAACAGAGGCAGCGAUAGACUUGACUCAGUCAACUGUCUUCGUAGAAUACGAUAAAGCCAAUGUUGUUGGGAUAGUAAACCGAGAAAACAGGAUCUACACGUUGAAGCUAGACAAGGACAAGGAAGAGUUGGAGAGAUUUUUAGCUCAGUGGAGGUCUGUCCUCACUGUAUCCCAGCACCCAGACGAUAUGUUCUCCGUGAUAACGGUAAGUGGAUCAGACCGUGGUUCAGUUAUACUGAUAACAGCUCACGAUACAGAACCUGCUAUAGUCUUCAAACACCUGUCUGGACGGGAGAAAAACAAGGAGUAUAGGCUGGCCCAGUUCAUCAAGGUAGACAAGUUGACUGCGUACGAAGUUAGUUUAGAAGCGUUAUCAGGGGAAAGCUAUCACUUUAUCACCAAACGUCCAGAUGCUCUUAUCAGAAAGCUUGAAAGUAGACAAGUGGCUGAAGAUUUGAGUCAGUCUCUGCCAACCAAAUCACAUGAUAACAACACAGACCAGUAUGCCAGUAGACAAGGCUACACCCCAGCCUUCAUGUCUGCUCGUGAAGUGGCUCACGUUCCAGUAGAUUACCUGUCAAUGAACGACCUUAAUACCAGACAACAACCAGCUCAACCCCCUCCUCGACCAAACGUCAGACCUCCCGCUCCAAUGCCUUACUCCAGGACACCAGUGGACCCAUCCCAACCAUCUCCAGAAAGACCUCCAGAAAGACCUCCACCCCCCUCUCCUGUCCCUCCUCGCAGACCUGCUCCACGUGUUCAAUCAGGCCCGGACUACUCCUUCCCUACCUCGACGGGAGGGAGGAUACCUACUCCGGACUACAUACCAAUGGAUCAUCCUUCAUCUGGUUUUGAAACCCAAGAUGAUUACCUUUGCAUGGAUCAGAUGACAAUCAAAACUGACCCUGAUUACUUGAUUAUGGAUAAAGGGUAUCAAGAUCCCCUGAUAGCAGAUUAUCUUACUAUGGAUGAUAUUGAUAUGGAUCAGAAUCGUCAGAAGUUUGAUGAUUACCCUACCAACGAUAGACCAACCGAUUCCAACAUUGCAUUUGAUGACGACGAUGACAUCUACUUUGACCCUAGUCUAGCCCCGCCACCUGUUCCUGUCCGGCUUGACAACAAGCCGCCUACACCACCGCCACCACCAAGAACUGAGAACUCAUCUUAUUUAUCCGCAGAAGUAGAGAUUAAACCACGACCCGACACCUCUCCUUCUCGUCACCCACCCCCUCCGUCACGUGACCCUCCGUCACGUGACCCUCUGACACGUGACCCUCCGACACGUGACCCUCCGACACGUGACCCUCCGUCACGUGACCCUCCGACACGUGACCCUCCGACACGUGACCCUCCGUCACGUGACCCUCCGACACGUGACCCUCCGUCACGUGACCCUCCAACCCCCGCACGUGACCCACUAGCACCUUCACGUGACCCUCCGACCUUACAGACCCCCUCAAGACCUGUUAGGAGGGUUUCAGAACAGCCUCACCACCUCCCUCGGCCUAGAUCCAACUACCUAGACGACUGCUCUGUCACUGUUUCCCCGGUGGAGCCAGCUCUCCCACCGAGAACGGAUAGAGACCAACUGAGACCUAAAGUAAUUAAAGUGGAAAAGAAGGGGAAGAAGAAGAAAGGAGAUAAAAAGGCUCAACGUCCCCGUUCAGCUAUCGUGUAUCCAUCGGAGGUCUCUCUGUCAGACGUACGAACUGCAGCUACGAACAAUGUUUAUUUCCCCCAGGGACCAAUCAGAUCCCCUCUCCCCCAGAGAGGUGGUUUUGGCGAGGGGCCCUCCCCGCCACCUUUAGCCCCAAGAAGAAUGUGAACUAUUUUAAACAUCUAGCAGAGUCCCAUUCAGACUUCCUUGUUGUUCAGUGUUCAUGUUGUACUUGUAUAUAUUUACCUGUUGUAUCAUAUUAAGUUACUUCCAGUUGACUUUAGUCGUUAGUAAUAGUUAUAUUAUAAUUAGUAGUGAUAUCUUCGCAAUUCAUUUGCGAUUCGAACUUCGAGAUUUUUAUAAAUUGACUCGCAGUCAAACCUACUCGAAUCGAUGCGAUGCAUUUUUCAACACUGAUUCCGAAUCACCCUCAUAACAUAGGGUUAAAAUGCUCCCCUGGCGAUCAGUUAUCGGCGAAAGUUUCGAUCAGGUUACAUGACAAUAUAAGGAAGUUAGUUGAAUUUAUCCUUAUGGUUAGGGUAUAAGCAAACCCUGCAGUUAGAGAUUGGGUUAAGUUACGGUUGAAGCAAAGUAUACCGUAAAGGGUUAUGGCUUUUAAUAGUCCCUCAGGCCGUGCACAGUGUAAAGAACGUGUCUAAGUAGGUCACGUGAUAGUCAAGUGCAAAGUGAUUCAGAUUAAUCAUCGUCCAUUCUUUGAUACUACAUGAUUAUAUCAAAUUCAAUUUAGUAUAUUAUCGUGAUUUCAAAUUUGAUUAUUUCAGUGAUUUUGUAACGUGUAAUAAUUGUAAAAAUCAAUGCUUAAAUAUAAUAAUAAUUGUUUUAAUGAUCAUUCAUAUUUUAAUGUUUGACGCCCCUGCUAUGCGUCUAGCAAUUUUGUUUUUAAUUUUAAUUCUAUAACUAAUUCUAUAAUUUUGUAUAAGUAUAACUGUCAUGAAGAUGUAGCUAGGUCGGUCCGAGCAAAUAGUCGUUACCAGUGUGCAGGGCCUACUUACCUGUAGUCUACAGGUAAGUGGACCCGCCGCGCACGACUAUUAGCUCGGUCUCACUUGUAAGCUCGGUCUCACCUAUUAGCUCAGUCUCACCUAUUAGCUCGGUCUUACCUAGUUGCAAUUUACAUCUUCAUGACAGUAAUUUAUGUUGAAAUGAAAUGAAAGCUAGCGAUUGGUAAUCAUUUGUAUCUGUAAUAUCUUACUAUAUAUAAAGCGAGACGAUAUAUAUGGUUCCGUGCCAUUUUACUGACACCACGGCAUCAACUUUAACGCGAAUUUCCGCAAAAACCGUAAAAGAUAUACAACUGAAGCUUUUUUGACUGGGUCAAAUGCUUUAAUGGCCUCAAAAUCAGCAUGAAAAAAUGAAAAAUUGGCCAAGGAAUAGGAGUUUUAGAGCCUACAAUUUGUGGACCCCCAAGUGGUGUCAAAAACGCGAAUUAGAUAGGUAAUAAUUAUUUUAGUCUCUUGAGUCUUGACACCAUUUUAGGGUUAUACGGGCUCCUGUUAGUAAUAAUUAAUUAUAAAGUCAGUUAGAGUUAGAUUUUACGGUCAAUAUACU